AUGAAGUGCUUGAUCUACCUUAUUUUGUGUUGCACAGAGUGGGCUCUUGCCUCUACUGUCUACUUCUCGGCCCAUUUGACCUGGGCCAACCAUUCGGUUGCAGGUGUACAGCGUCCGGUAAUUCUUACCAAUGGACAGUAUCCUGGUCCCGAGUUACGCUUGAACCAAGGCGACAAUGUGAUUUUCGAUGUGUAUAACGAAUGUCCUUUCAAUGUGACAGUACAUUUCCAUGGUAUUGAACAAAUUGGCACUCCAUGGUCCGAUGGAGUCCCUGGAUUAUCCCAGCGCCCCGUCAAGUCCAACUCUGCAUUCCGCUAUCGUUGGAAGGCUGAUCAGUAUGGCGCGUAUUUCUAUCACGCUCAUCAUCGCGGUCAAAUCGAGGAUGGCCUCUACGGUCCGAUCUAUAUCGUGCCGUCGAGCUCCGUGACCAAGCCUUUUAGUCUUAUUUCAAGCAAUUUCUUCGAUCAGGAAGCCAUGAAGUUCGCCGAGAUCACCACCUCACCUCUAAUCUUGUCAGACUGGCGCCUCGUGACAUCCGAGCAGGUCUGGCACACCGAGGAGGCCGCCAAUGUCGAUGCAUUCUGUGCAAAUGCUCUUUUGAUCAAUGGCAAGGGCUCGGUGACUUGCCUGCCACAGGGUCUUAUCAAUCAGUUGACUACGCCCGAACAAAAGAUGGUUCUUGGGAACGAGACGUUGACCGAUAUCGCUUGUUUCCCACCAAAUAUUGGACAAGGAGGACCCUUUCCUCAAAAUCUCAGUGCUCUGCUUCCAACAAUGUUCUAUGGGUGCACUCCAAGUCAAGGCCCCCAGCAUGUCAUCUAUGCAGAUCCCCUGCGCCGAUACAUCAGUCUUGAUCUCACCAGUGCAGCAGGCGUGAUCGACCUGGUGUUUUCAAUCGAUGAGCACGACAUGUGGAUAUACGCAGUCGACGGGCGAUACAUCCAGCCUGUCAAGGUGAAUGCUCUCACUAUUCCCAUAGGCAACAGAUACUCUGUUCUGGUGCCAGUCGACAAGACCCCCGGAGAUUACACCGUCCGACUGGUGAGCGGGAGCAUCCAGCAAAUUCUCAACACAACGGGCGUACUCCAUUAUCAAGCCCCAGACUUCUUGCGCCGGCCGUCAAGACCCUGGAUCACCAUGACCGGUGGCAAUGCCACGGCAAACACCGUCUUUUUUGACGUGAGCAAGAUUGUUCCUUAUCCCGCGAUCGCCCCGUCCACUGAUGUUACCGCCACGUAUAUCCUCACAAUCCACCGAUUCGGCGCAUCAUACCGCUGGACCCUGGGAAACAGCAGCUAUGCCUUGGAACUGGAGGAGUCUCAGCCUCUAUUGUUUAAUCAGACAGCCAUACCCAGUGACUUGAUAGUUCGCAACAACAACAACACAUGGGUCGACCUCAUCAUCCAAGUGGACGCUCCGGCUCAGCCUGCGCAUCCGAUCCACAAGCAUUCCAACAAGCAUUUCGCCAUCGGUCAGGGCCUGGGAACAUUUACUUGGUCGUCCGUCGCGGAAGCAAUGCAAUCCAUCCCAGAAUCUUUCAAUUUGAUUAAUCCUCCCUUCAAAGAUACAACGCCGACCCCGGCUUCGACCACUAGCGCCAGCUGGCUGGCGCUUCGUUAUCAUGUGGAGAAUCCGGGGGCGUUCCUGUUACAUUGCCACGUUCAGAUCCAUCAGAGUGGCGGAAUGGCGUUGGCUUUGUUGGAUGGAGUCGACGAGUGGCCCGACAUUCCGGAGAAUUAUUUGAAUGACUCGGGGUUCUAG